CGAGAGAUGGCAGUCCGAUUUAGCGGUGGUUUCCGGGUCCAGUUGCUGCAUAAAUUAAAUAUAAAUGCAUUUUGCUACCCUAAACGUCAAUCUUCACACCUCUUUGUGCAUAGAGAAACUCCUGAAAAUAAUUGCAGAACACCUUUCGAAUUUACUGCCGAAAACAAAAGGAGGCUAGAUGUAAUAAUUGCAAACUACCCACCUGCCCACAAAGCAGCAGCAAUUAUUCCUGCUUUGGAUUUGGCUCAACGACAACACGGUUGGUUACCAAUUUCUGCGAUGAAUAAGGUCGCCGAAAUUCUAAGCGUUCCUCCAAUAAGAGUUUAUGAAGUUGCCACUUUCUACACUAUGUUUAACAG